AUGACAGAUCCGUAUCGACGGCGAUUAGAUCCAAGCCGCCUUCCAAGCGUGGCAUGGAUGAUGCUAUGCGUCGUCAGCAUCUUUGGUUCAUCUGAUGGAUCAGAUGGACCAUCGCCAGCGAGGCGCUCGAGGUCGCGAGACUCGGGCGCUAAUAGUGGUGUCGGUUCUCCAAUGGACACCACUUCACGGCACAGUGCCAGUACUUCUAUCGGCACGUCGCAGGAAGAGCGGGACCACAGUGUCUUGCGUCUCGCUCCAGAGAAGAAGGCAUGGAUGCCUCCUAAAUCUGUCAUGGAUCACUUGUCGGCGACGACGGUGAUCGUUAUCAGUUCACGGUUGUUCGAUUCGUCAGAGAUCCAUCACCUUGACCCCAGCGCGAAAGACUAUCGCGCUGAGCAUGAAUUCUUCAUCGAUGCUUUCUUCAGACAUCGAUGGUACGGUAAGGAAUCACAAGCGUGA